AUGGGUAGGGGGAAGAUUGAGAACACCAACAGCAGACAAGUCACAUUCUCAAAAAGGCGUGCUGGAUUACUCAAGAAAGCUCAGGAAUUGGCUAUUCUCUGCGAUGCUGAGGUUGUUGUCAUCGUCUUCUCUAACACUGGCAAGCUUUUUGAGUUUUCCAGUGCUGGGAAGAAGAAACUUCUUGCAGAAGCCGGUCUGGACGAGGGCGCGGGGCGCUGGGCUAGGCUAGGCAGGGGCGCCGGGCGGAGCAAGAGACGAGCGGAUCCCGGCUGGCCAAUCCGAGCGUUUGGCGGAGGCGCUGCUGCAGAUGGGCUGCCGGAUUCUGUGCUGGGAUCGGCGCUGUGGGCUGGCCGCAUGGGUAGGAGGACGGAGUAG